AUUCGCUUCGAGUGCAACGCGCGAAGGAUCGACUGCGUCUUGAAAUACUACAUGACAACAUGGAGACAUAGCACCUGGCAAAAUACCACCAUAGCCCUCAACCCCAUCCGCAGCCAUGGACGCGCUCCCACCAUUCACCGCGACAUCCGUACACGAAAUCCCCACCAUUCAUCGCCGAGUCACGACCAACUUCCUCGACCAUACGACGCGCACGAUCGCAUACCGCCAGAAACAGCUGCGCGCGCUAUACUGGGGCCUGAAAGAUGCCGAGCCGGCGCUGCUGGAAGCAUGCAAGCUUGAUCUGGGCAAGAGCGCGUACGAGACGUACAUGACGGAAGUGGGCUGGGUACUGAACGACAUUGUCUUCAUGGACAAGAAUCUCGCGCGCUUCAUGAAGGACGAAAAGGCGGAGGACAUUGACCUGACGAACUCGUUCAUGAAGCCGCAUAUUCGCAAGGAGCCCUUGGGCGCGGUCCUUAUCAUCGGCGCGUACAACUUUCCCAUCCAACUGAGUUUGGGCCCGCUUGUGGGCGCCAUCGCUGCUGGGUGUACUGCUGUGUUGAAACCCAGUGAGAAUGCGCCGAACGCGGCAAGAGCGAUGCAGCAUGUCAUCAGGAAUUGCCUCGACGCCGACUCCUACCAGAUUGUGCAAGGAGCCAUUCCGGAGACGACGGCGUUGCUCGAUUGCAAAUGGGACAAGAUAUUCUACACUGGUAAUGCGAAUGUCGGAACCAUCAUCGCCAAGAAAGCAGCCGAGACGCUCACGCCCAUCACGCUUGAACUCGGCGGCCGCAACCCCGCCAUCAUCAGCAAAAACGCCGAUGCCCGACUCGCGGCCCGGCGACUGCUAUGGGCCAAGUUGAUGAACGCGGGCCAAGUGUGCGUCAGCCAGAACCACAUCCUUGUCGAGAAAGAGAUCCUACCCGCCUUGAUUGAGCAAAUGAAACUUGCCCUGGCCGAGUUCCACCCCAAAGGUGCCGAGAACAAUUCCGACUACGGCCGCAUCGUGAACGAGCGACAAUGGCAGCGCCUCAAAGACAUGCUGGACUCUACCGAGGGGAAGGUGGUAAUCGGCGGCAAGACAGACCGGGCGACCCUCUUCUUCGAACCCACGGUAGUGGAAGUGCAUGAUCCGGGCGAUCCUUUGCUCAAAGACGAGUCUUUCGGCCCUCUAAUCCCCAUCUUGCCCGUCGACAGUCUCAACGAGGCCAUCCGCACCGCCAACUCGCUCCACGCGACGCCUCUUGGUCUCUACGCUUUUGGAUCCAAGGCCGAAACGGAGAAGAUCCUUUCCGAGACUCGAUCCGGGGGCGCAAGCGUCAACGACGGAUUCUACCAUGCUUCUAUCCCUACCCUCGCGUUCGGCGGCGUCGGGGACAGCGGUAGUGGGUCAUAUCGCGGCAAAGCUUCCUUCGACUGCUUCACGCACCGCAGAUCCGUCGUCACGACUCCAUGGUGGAUGGAGAGGCUGCUCGCCAUUCGGUACCCGCCCUACACGGACGCCAAGUUGAAGCAACUGAAGAUGUUGACCGCGGCGAAACCGCAUUUCGGUCGGCAGGGAGGAAGCACGGGCGGGUUGGCGUGGUGGGUGCUUGGGCUCGGUGGGAGCGACAAGACCGGAGCUGCGACUAGAUCUACAUAGAGGGAGAAUAG